AUGGAUAAGACUAUAGUUGAAAAGGAUAUUGAAUCGGAUCGUAGGGAUGUAUUAGAAAUCAUGAUGUCGUUUCCCGAAGCAAUCACUGUCCAUACCUAUGCUGGGUCAGUGGGAUGCACUCUUGUAUCCUUGUUUCCACCAUCUGAUCUCAUUAUCCAAGCUGCCAGUGAACAUUUGCUCGAGGAGAAACUAUUAGAGUCUAUCAACCGUGUUAGAGCUCAUCGUGGAGUUGAAGCGUUGAUCCUGGAAGAUGCUAUCAGAGCCCAUCCCAUCUUGUUUAGAGAUUACAUCAGAUACAUGUAUGGUGCCAUCAAAGACUUGCCACAACGUAUCAAGCAACUUAUUGAAGAAGAAAAGACGUACAAUGAGUUCUCGCCACUGUUUUGGUUCCCAACUGUUAUCACUCGCGAGAACCUUCACUUUUUCUACGAUAGUGCCAAGCGUGCUCGUCUCUUUAGAUACUUUAUCAAGUAUAUCUGGUCUUCCAGCACUGUUAAUCAAGAUGUAAACACUCUCCAAACCAAGAGAAAGUUUCUAAAGAAUAAUCCACAAGUUUUGGUAGACCUGCGAGCCUUGUUUGAUGAUCAACAAGACCAAGAAGCUAUUGAUCAAGACAUGGUAGACGAUCUACAAGAUCAAGACAUGGUAGACUAUCAACAUGACCAAGAUCAAGACAUGUUAGACCAUCAACAAGAUCAAGACAUGGUAGACUAUCAACAACAAGAGGAGAUGAUGAUGAUGAUGGGCACUGAUGAAGAAUAUAUUCGACAAGCCAUGGAUAACGAACAUUUUCUUGCUGUGAAUCAAGCCAUGGCAAACCAAGUGGUACAAGAAGAAGAAGAAUUUUUUGAUCAUGUCAGAGAGGGAACGGCAUUCUCUACAUGCCCACUUUGCAACCAAGUAACAUUGCACCAUAGAGAUAUGGAAAAUCAUAUUCUCGUAUGUGUCACCAAGAAUCCACCAGGUGGCCCAAAGCCCAUCUCUGGCAAUAUUGCUGCCAUUCUACAGAACAACAAAACAUCUGUACUCCCAUGGACAAUUCAUGAACAUGCUGGUGUUGUCAUUCGCAAGUUGGCUCAAGCCAUCCAAUUCAAUGACCCAAGAAUUGGUGCAACAUCAAUUUUGUCAAGAGCCAUCGAUCGUGUCGAGAAUGAAUAUCAUGAUAAAACAAUCAAUAGUGCUUCGAAACAUACUGUUCUCAAUAGUGAUAGAUUAGAGGUUCAUGAUAUUCAAAUGCUUCAUAAAAUUGAACCAUUUAAUGUAAGUGGAAAAUAUAGAUAUCUCGAGAUUCCAAAGCCAAUCGGUACUGCACCAAAGAGAUCUGCCGCUCCAAGAAGGCCACCAAGAAAAUCAGAUUCACAGCAGAGAAAGGCUAGAAUUCUUGCCCCAAGAAAGAAGUGUGUAAGAAAGGGGUGUGACUUUAUGGUAGCCAAUUGUAGUCAAGAAUGGGACAAGCCAAAGCCCUUUUGUAGCACCUAUUGCGCCAGAAAGUGUGGUAUCCUCACCAGUGACAGAACCAUCUUUUACAAGGGUCGUUGCAAAGACGUAGAAAAUGGGGCCAAGUGCAAUGCUCACAUUCUCGCAUAUGCUCGUUGCAAGUCAAUGUGUCACCGUCACUACUUGAUGGAGGUUAAUCGACGUAGAAAGAACAAAAUGAUAAUGCCAAGAGUCUCGCCAAUCAAGCCUGUCAAACCAACAUUGGCCUCGGGUGCACCAAUCAACAAGAGAAAGAUUCUCUUUCAAGAUGAUGAUUCAAGUGAUGAUGAUUCAAGUGAUGAUUCAAGUGAUGAUUCAAGUGAUGAUUCAAGUGAUGAUUCAAGUGAUGAUUCAAGCGAUGAUUCAAGUGACGAUUCAAGUGAUGAAUCAAGUGAUGAAUCAAGUGAUUAA